GUUAACGAAACAUUGCCUUGGUUUAUCAGAUUUAUCUAGAGCUUCAUUUGACUUGUGUGCUACAGUAUCGUGAAGCAUACCACUAACCUGUUUUUUGGUUUUUAUUUGCACACCUAUAGGUUGAAACAAUGAUAGAUCCUUCUGCGUCAAAGUUUGAAGUAUUCAAGGAACCUAGGGGUUUUAUGAAGUUGAUCGAGAUAUUUAUAGCAGUAUCUGCAUUCGCAACAACGUGCGAUUUUUCGACAAGUGUUCAACUUGAAUAUAAAUGUAUAAAUAAAAGUAUUGAAACAUGGAGUGCUAAGUUUACUUAUCCUUUCAGUAUUGACUCGAUUAUUCUUCCGAAAUGUGAAAAUUCAGAAACAAAACAUAUGUAUGGAAAUUACGCCUCGGCAGCCCAGUUCUACGUAUUCGUCGGUGUGCUAACGAUGUUAAUAAGUAUUGGCGUUUGUGUCCUUUACAUUUAUUUCCAUGAUCGUUAUCUUAGUGACCCGCGUUUUAGUAAAUACGAAUUCAUUAUGUCGAUCCUACUUGUCAUAUUCUGGUUCGCUGCUUCUUGCGCAUGGGCCGAUAAUGUACAACAGUUCAAAAAAUACACAUCAGAAGACAGAAUCUGUAAUGAAAUUGAAAAUCCUGUCACUUGCCAUGUUAAAGAACAAGCUACGUAUGGUGGAUUAAAUGCUUCUCUGAUAUUCGGAUUUACCAACGUUGCUUUGUGGGCUGCUGGUCUGUGGUUCAUUUGGAAAGAAACACCCUGGGCUGGAAAUGAUCCUAUACUAGGACCAGAGAAUAUAGCUGCUGCCGCGGAUGGGUCUCAAAUGUGAUCUAAUCCUGAUACAAUGCUUUUAUCUUGUUCCAAAGAUUCGCCGUAUCUUUGACAUUUUUUCAUGAUUGCUUGUGAAGUUCAAUUGUAAAUCACUCAUUCAUGGAUUGUUAUCUUCAUAUUUCUACUAUUAGUUUGUCAUUAACAUCACGUGAACACUAAAAACCCGAUGAGCCUGUUGUGUUUCUGAUUUUCAUUGUUGCAAAAAUUUCACUCUAAACAUUGUUCAGAGGUAUUGUACUUGUGCAUAAAAAACGCCAUCGUGUUUUUUGUACCUAAUGUUUAGCUAAAUAACGUUUCAUCCACUCGUCUAUUUUUGCUGAUAAGUCUGCCUUCCUUUAUUUUAUAUAUUUUACUUUUUGGCUUGUAUUGGUAUCACUUAAUGCUGUUUUAAUUGUUAAAUAAUACGGUGAAUUGUUAUUACAUGUAUAUCAUAAUUACUCAAACAGAAUACUUACUAUGUUUCUGUCUUAGACUAUGAAGAUAAAGAAAGCGUAUUUAUUGAGUUAGUUAAUGCAAGUAUUAUCGAUGUCUAGUCUGCAAUCGCUCAUCACACAUUAUUGUAUUUACU